CUCUGGGGCUUGCUCGCCCAAUCAGUGAGCUCCAGGUUCAGUGAGAGCCAUCAGAAUAGGUGAAAAGAAAUUAAGGAGACAUUUGACUCGACCGCUGGCCUCUCCACACACAGAGGAGAACUUGUGUGUGUGGUGAGGGGUUUCUCUAGUCCAGGCUGGGAAGAAGGGUCAAGAGGCUCACAAAACUCAAGACAUUUUCCAGACUCACAAGUUACACGAGCAGUAGGUCGUUGCUGGAGAGAAGACACUCUCAAGUGGAGCUGCCUGCAAGGUGCCAGAAGACGCCAGUGAGACAACUUUGUACCCCCCGCUGUGGGACUCUCUGGUCCUGAAGCUGCUUUUGAGUCACAAUCCUGUUCUCUAGUGCUUAAUGCUCUUUGCCCCAUCUGGUCUGUUUUGUGAGAUGAAGGCACGCAGAAGUUCCAGUAACUUGAUAGUAUCCCACAGCUUGUAAUGGUGAGAGAUUUGAACCUAGUCUGUCUACUCCUGGCUUGGGAAUUUGGCUCCAGGGCUCUGUUGGUGUGGGAGAAAGUGAAAUCUUCAAGCAGUCCAAGGGGGCCUCAUAGAGUCCUGACAUUUUCAAAAAGGAACAGAAAACUUGGGGAAGCAGGGGUGGUGGUGGGGGGGGUGGGGUUCCCUGUAGCUACCUCUCAGCUUUGCCACUUCCUAGAUGUUUCCUCAGGCAAGUCAGUGGUCCUGUUGUGCCUCAGUUUCCCCAUCAGCAUAGCAGGGAUGCUGGUGGCUACAUGGACACCUCCUGGGGGGUCUGUGGAGAUGAACUGGGUUAACCCCAGACCUCCCCAGCCUGGGGCAGUGCUGUGGAGCGUGCUGGGGCUUGCGCUGCUUGCAGGGGGCUGAGCCGGAGGCUAAUGAGCAGGUGAGGCCUCAGCGCAGACGGAGGCUGAGCUCAGCGUCUGCUCUCUGUGGAAAUGGCCGAGCCUGGCUCUCAGGGCCACACUGCCGGACCCUUGCUGCUGCUGCUGCUGCUGCUGCUCCCACCCCAGGCCCUGCUAGAGGGGCCCCUGCUAUUUGUGGCUCUGGUGUUCCGCCAUGGCGACCGGGCCCCACUGGCCUCCUACCCCACAGAUCCACACAAGGAAGCUGCCUCCACCUUGUGGCCCCGAGGCCUGGGCCAGCUGACCAAGGAGGGGAUCCGCCAGCAGCUGGAGCUGGGCCGAUUUCUGAGGAGGCGUUAUAAGGCCUUCCUGAGCCCGGAGUACAGGCGUGAAGAGGUGUACAUCCGCAGCACAGACUUUGACCGGACACUGGAGAGUGCACAGGCCAACCUGGCUGGGCUGUUCCCCGAAGCUGCCCCUGGGAGUCCUGAGGCCGACUGGAAGCCCAUCCCCGUGCACACAGUGCCUGUGUCGGAGGACAAGUUGCUGAGGUUCCCCAUGCGCAGCUGCCCCCGAUACCAUGAGCUGCUGCGGGAGUCCACAGAGGCCGCUGACUACCAGGAGGCCGUGAAGGGCUGGACGGGCUUCCUGACCCGCCUGGGCAACUUCACCGGGCUGUCGCUGGUUGGAGAGCCACUCCGCAGAGCGUGGAAAGUUCUGGACACACUAAUCUGUCAGCGUGCCCAUGGUCUCACCCUUCCAUCCUGGGCCUCCCCAGACGUCCUGAGGACUCUGUCACAGAUUUCAGCUCUGGAUAUCAGGGCACAUGUGGGCCCACCCCGGGCAGCAGAAAAGGCCCAGCUGACAGGGGGGAUUCUGCUGGAUGCCAUCCUCAGCAAUUUCUCCCGGGCCCAGAGCCUGGGGCUGCCCCUCAAGAUGGUCAUGUACUCAGCUCACGACAGCACCCUGCUGGCCCUCCAGGGGGCCCUGGGCCUCUACGAUGGGAACACCCCACCUUACGCUGCCUGCAUGGCCUUUGAGUUCCGGGGAAGCUCCAGGGAACCCGAGGAGGAAGAUGGAGAGAAUGUCACCAUCUCUCUCAUCUACCGAAAUGACACCUCCAGCCCACCCCUGCCACUGAAGGUUCCCGGGUGCCCAGCCCCCUGUCCGCUUGGGCGCUUCCAGCAGCUGACUGCUCCAGCCAGGCCUCCAGCUCAUGGGGCCCCCUGCCACGGUUCCUAUGAGUCUACCAGCCCCCCAGGUGACAGCCCUCCGCGCAGGGGUGGGAGCGGGGUGUUCCCAAGGCCUGGGAUUCACAACCCCCAUGUUCUUCCUGCAGCCACGGUGCCCCUUCUGGCCGGAGCUGUGGCUGUGCUGGCUGUGCUGAGCCUGGGGCUCGGCCUACUGGCCUGGAGGCCCAGCUGCCUGAGGGCCCUGGGAGGGGCUGUAUGAGGGGGAAGGCAUAAACACAAAAGCACCCCCUCAGCUGACACUGGAUCCCAACACGUGUGCUCACCUGCUGCUCUGACUUGUCACUUACUGUGCUCGCGCGUGUGGGAAUGAAGGCUGGGUGGGCCCCAGACACUGUGCAUGUCUCUACAGUCAGGUGCCAUACAUACAGGUGGCAGGCAAUAAGCACGUGUGCAGGUGAGAGCCUAUAGGACUGAACUGUCCUUAAGGAACUCUACUCCCAGUAAUUACAGAUGGAGACGGGGGUCUCCCAGGGUACUGGCUAAGGUAACCAGUCUUCUAGAAGCCCCACCCUCACCACUAUCCUAAGUUCUCCCUGAAGUGGGGAAGCUCCUGACGGAUGUGGUGAUGAGCCUGCACCCAGGACGGCCACUGCAGGACCCCACCCCCUACUGACCAGCAACCAGCCACUGGCAUCCCCUGGAGCCCCACCCAUUGUCUCCUGUACUCAUCACUCCCCAGAGCCCCCAGCCCCACUGGGAAGUCAACAGGUGUUCUGUCUUGAGGCGGCCAGGCUCCUAUCUGGGGGAGGUACAAGACCAAAGAUCCUGAGGAAGCUAUGGAGCACACCUUGGGACCCCAGGACAGCCUGAGCUAAAGGGUCUGGUUCACAAGAAGCAAAAUACACUCAAACCCAACGCAGGCUGCAGGGUAGGGGCUAAGGCCGGCCAGUGGCUGUGACUGGCCCACCAGCCCACCUUUCCUCACCAGACCGCUGGAGCAUCCUCUGGAAACAGGCCAGAGUUGGGCAAGUGCACCUGUGCCUCACCUGCCCUGGACCCAGCUCGUCAUCCCGAGUCUACC